CAGCACGACAAAACCCAAUGCAUCCCGAUCCCCCGUGGUCAUGGAUGGCUUACUACGCACACUAACACGCUCCCGCAACGCCGCGCCGUCCCCGAACCGCGGCAGCCGCAAUCGCAACCGACACAGCGGCGGGGGCGGAGGCGGAAGCGGCAAUAACCACGGCCAAAUCGAAAUCAUUCUCGAGACCCUCGCCCGAGGACUCGUCGAAUAUGCCGUUCAGAAGUACAUGAAGAAGCUGAGCGGUGGGGAUGACGAAGACAAGGAUGGAGGAGGAAGGAGGAACCACGACGACCGGCGCCUGAGCACGCGAGGCGGCAAAGACCAUGGCCAUGACGACGACGAGCGCGCUAGAGGCGGCGUUCCGAAUAUGGAUAUGGAGAUGCUGGAGCACUUGGGCAAGAAUAUUCUCUCCAAAGCCAUGGAGCGCUUCGGCGGUGGUGGGGGCGAGGAGGAAGAAGAAGAAAGGCGCGCGGACGAGAGAACGAGUGGACAGAAACACGGCAAGGGACGAAGAGACAGCCGGGACCAUGACGCAUACUCUCGCGACUAUUCACAAGAUCGCUCUCACGGGAGACGACACGUCGGCGGUAGCAAAGACGAAGACCGCGACCGUGACCGGAGAAGACGCCACAGCCGCGACAAUGGGUACCCUCCACACCGCGGCGGCGGCUCGCCCUCGCCGUUGAGACACCAUCGCGGUGACGACGAGACUCACCGCCGCCGACGACGCGGAUACGGGACCGAUUAUGCGCCGCUCAAAGAGGAACUGGAGACGCUGUCCAACACGCUCAUCUCUCUGAACGAGCGGCAGCCCGGACACGCCGACUGCGAGUUUUACGAUGCGUUUAUGGAGCGCUCGGGGAAGGUGCAGAAGGCUAUUGGGUCUGUCUUGGUGCAGGUUCGGGAGAGAGAGGAGAGGAGGGAGGAGAGGCGUGGUCGACGGAGGGGUUGAGAGAGGGAGUUUCCUUUUUCUUGAGAGGAAGUGCGUACAUGAUCAUGAGAUACCCAGAUGCUCUUCCCGGAUAUAGCUUGAUGAGGAUAAGGCGAUUAGAGCGAUGAUUUUGACGACGGUCUGAAAUGGCAAUACCCAGUAGCACGGAGGCAAUACCCCGGUUUCUCUUUACUUAGAAUUUUCGGUAGCGAUGGGGCUGAAGGGGUCGAAUUGAUGGUAUGGGUAGAGUGUGGUUUGUAGGAUAAGGUAGGAUCUAGAAUAGUUGCAACCUCUCUCCCGUCCCGUCCUUGUUUGCUACUCUGAGCGACCGCAAGCACGUGUUUUUCGAUCGGAAGGGGAGAAAAGGUUGCAGAGUCAGCAAUGACCAGCUUGUAUCAUAGAUGCAAACGCAAACAUGACUGGUUACCGACCUUGUGCUGAUUUGAUGCGUGUGCUACGCUGUGCUGCCUCAUCUGGC